AUGAUUCCUGCAAUGCUUACCAAAAAAAACCUUAGUAAACACACUAAAAGUUUACAGAAUAAUAGAAAACGCGAGUUUCUUGAAAAAUAUCUUGAAGACCAAUUGGAAGCUAUUAGAACCGCUUCAAUUGAUGAAGCUGGCUCUUCAGCAAGCUCUUGCACUGAUGGUCUGACAAAAAUAGAGGUUCCGCGAAAAAAAAAGCAGUUGAAAAGAGAACCUUAUCUUUUCCAAAAAAGCAAGGCUUCUGUUGAAGUUCAAGUGAAAGGAGAUGGUGUUGGCGUUGGUGUUGAUAAAAAAAAUUACAAUAAAAAGUCAAAACACACCACUAACAAAAAAGCUUUUGCUGGAAUAUCUACUAGUAAAAAGGGCCUCAGAACACCUAGAUUCAGUAAACAUUUUAAACAAUCACAUUCUGAAUAUUCUGAACACUUGGAAGAGGGAGAAAAGAAAGAUGUGAAAGAUAUGGAGAAGUUGGAAAUUUCUGCUUUAUAUGAGUCAGCGUUUAGUGAAAAUAAAAAAUCAGCAACAACCUCACAAAGAUCCUGUUAUGAAAUAAUUGUUGUUAACGAUUCAGCGUCAAUUUCUUCUUCGUCAUCAAGGCUUACUGUUGACACCGGUGAAAAAUCUUAUAGCACCCCUCCAAGUCCUCCCAUACAAGAUCAACUAAACACCACCAAUCACAAUAGCUCAAAUAACUUUGCAAUGAAUGUUGAUUCAAUGAUUGAUAAUAAUUUAGAUAUAAUAAUACUCGGUUCUAAUAGUCACUCACCAUACAUUAAUCAGCACGAUGCCUUACAUAAUAACACUAGAUUACCACCACCUCCACAACCACGAUCAAUGAACGUUAAUGUAUACAAUUCAACAAAUAAUAGCUAUCCUUCUGUUUUUAAUUACGGCAACCAUCAAUCCUUUGAACCUGAUCAUACGUUCAAUUAUCAAAUUUAUGGUAAUCCACAAUCUACCCAACAUCCAAUUACUCAACAUUCUAAUACAUGGCCACGACCAGAAAUGAGGAUGAUUAGCACAUCAUCCAAUCCUUCUCAACAAUUUAAUAACAUUUAUACAUCGUCACCGCCUUUUUCUUCAUAUUCAUUACCACCUGCUAGAUUGAACGAUAACUUUUUAAUAAUUGAUUUAACUUCUGAUAAUGAAUACACUGAUGAUGGUGGAGGCGGAGUUAUUAUGUCAGCUGCAAUAGUCGGUAUUCCUUAUACUUAUUUACAAUAUGGUAAAUUUCAAAGUUUGGCAAGAGCUUUAAGGGUCAUUAGAAUAGAGUUCGUGCUUACGGCAAUGUGGUCUGUGCUUGUAUUUUUGGUAACGAUCGCACUGAGUAUAGAAUUGGGUUUGAGAAAUUGUGAUUCGAGCUCGGAUACGGCUGCCUUUGAAAGAGCUAAAAACAAAACAGGAAGUCUUUUUACCAAUGGAUUGGCCGGAAAUUGUAGAACUGCACGAGCCGGAAAUGCCUUCGGUUGGUUUGCUUUGGCGGGUUGGCUAGGUUCGUUGGCUUUGAUCGGUAAGGAAUGGUAUGAUAAUAGACGUCAACCAUUACCAAAGCAUGAUCCCCAUACAGAUGAAGCAAACGUGAAUUCCUCAAAAUCAUCUUUGGACACUGAUGUUGCUGGUACUAAUAAUCCACCACAAGGAGAAAAUGUUCAAAUGCAAAAUAUUCAUACUUUUGCUGCUACUGCUGAAAUUGCUGAUAAAGUGAUGAUUGGUACUGGAAAAUGGGUUGAUCUUUUUACUAAACAUACCUUUUUUCAAAAUUAUCGAUACUAUCUCCAAAUAAUAGCAUCUUCGGAUUCAUCAGAAAGACAAUUGAAGUGGUCUGGAAUGGUUGAAUCGAAAAUUCGUCACUUAAUAUCUAAAUUAGAGACUGUGGAAAAUUUAACCUUGGCACAUCCUUUUGUGAAGGGGUUUGACAAAAUUCAUCAUUGUACUACAGAGCAAGAAGCUAAUGAAUUUUUAAAUGGAAAUUAUAAUUUUAAACCAAUUAGUGAAGAAGGUAGCGAUCCUGUCGAUACCAAACCUACUUCCAAUGGAACCGAGGAUGGCAGUAAACCACCAAAUACCACCACAAUUGUACGAACCAUUUAUUCAACAUUCUUUUACAUUGGUUUAGAAGUAGAAAACCCUACAGAAAAUUAUGAAGUUAUUGAUGUAGUUGGAGAAGGAGCUUAUGCUGUGCAUAAGCCAACUGGACAAAAGGUUGCCAUUAAAAAAAUAACACCAUUCGAUCAUUCCAUGUUUUGUCUACGUACAUUAAGAGAAAAUUCGCUCUUAAAAAAUUUGGAUGAUGCCUGUAUUAGAAGUUUGAAUGGAUCUAGAGUAACAGACGAGAUAUUGCGACUUGUACCUAAUAUACCAGCUUUUAGAACAUCAUUAAGAUGUAUAAAAUUAUGGGCAAAAAGGCGUGCAAUUUAUUCAAAUGUUAUGGGCUUUUUUGGUGGUGUUGCUUGGGCAAUGUUGGUUGCUCGUAUAUGUCAACUAUAUCCAAAUGCAAUUGCAGGAGCAAUUGUAUCAAGAUUUUUUAGAAUAAUGUAUCAAUGGAAAUGGCCACAACCUGUAUUAUUAAAACCUAUAGAAGAUGGCCCACUCCAGGUUAGAGUAUGGAAUCCAAAGUUGUAUCAUGGAGAUAAGUUUCAUUUGAUGCCAAUUAUUACACCAGCAUAUCCUUCUAUGUGUGCAACACAUAAUGUUACAAAGUCCACAAAAAGAGUAAUUGAGGAUGAAUUUAAGCGAGCUGCUGAAAUUGCUGAUAAAGUGAUGAUUGGUACUGGAAAAUGGGUUGAUCUUUUUACUAAACAUACCUUUUUUCAAAAUUAUCGAUACUAUCUCCAAAUAAUAGCAUCUUCGGAUUCAUCAGAAAGACAAUUGAAGUGGUCUGGAAUGGUUGAAUCGAAAAUUCGUCACUUAAUAUCUAAAUUAGAGACUGUGGAAAAUUUAACCUUGGCACAUCCUUUUGUGAAGGGGUUUGACAAAAUUCAUCAUUGUACUACAGAGCAAGAAGCUAAUGAAUUUUUAAAUGGAAAUUAUAAUUUUAAACCAAUUAGUGAAGAAGGUAGCGAUCCUGUCGAUACCAAACCUACUUCCAAUGGAACCGAGGAUGGCAGUAAACCACCAAAUACCACCACAAUUGUACGAACCAUUUAUUCAACAUUCUUUUACAUUGGUUUAGAAGUAGAAAACCCUACAGCCGGUUCUUCAAAACCUAGACAACUAAACAUUUCUUGGCCUACAAUAGAAUUUAAUAAAUUGGUUAAAAGUUGGGAUAAGUAUGAUGAAAUAAAUACAGGGAUUGCAGUUAAAUAUGUUAAACGUUCACAGCUCCCACCUGACGUUUAUGAGGAUGGAGAACAACGACCCACCAGUCUUAAAAGGCCAAAUUGA